GAUCUCCGUUUUGUAGAUUACAUCAUCUCAAUAAUUCAACAUCACACAUUCAGGCAGUAAUUUUAUCAAAAUUUCAGUAGACCAUGUCCGGCAAUCUGUUCAAAUGGACUGCUCUUGGCCGACAGUCAAGAACAGCCGGCUGGUACACCAAUCGAAGGGUACUCCAUCAGAUGGAUAAUGCUAUUGCCGGGUUUCGUAACCCUUUUUUCGACUCCUGGCGACGUCGUAGGCGCUUCGAGGAGUACGAAAAAAGAGAGAUACCAGUGAGGCAGCAAGUUCCAAGGAUCCGACAUGUUCGCUAUCCGGGAACUAGGGAAAAUCCCUUCCACAGAAAACCCGACUGUCUGCCUGGAAAGGGUGAAGUGCUUGAGCCCACUCGCAUCCAGCCUCCCAGGAAUUCAAUGUGCUUCUCGGUAAUCAGGUUCUUUAGUAGCUCAUCUACUGGUGGUGGCUCUGGUGAACCACCAGAAGACCGUGAGGGAAAGCUUAUCAAGUUUCCGGUGGGUUCUCGCUCGGAAAAACCGAAAACGGGAAAGGUGGAAGUUCCUCCCAUAAAGAAAUCAUCGCAGUCAGAUUGCUUAGCAGGAUUGUCGGCCAAGUCCUCGGUCAAGGAGUUAACUCCCGACAACCAAACUACAAAGGCCUUGGAUCAAUCCGGAAAUGACGGAAGAGAUGACCCAGAAAAUCUUGUACUAAGAUCGUUUGCAGAGCAUCUCAACUCAAUAGGUAACGAUCCCUCAGGAAUCCAGUCCCAGCCACCGGAACGAAGCCAAAGUGGAAGAAAUCCGCCAACAGGAAGUAAGCCGCCGACCAAACCACCUUCGGGACCCAAAAAUCCUUCGGGUCCUAGAAAUCCUUUCCAUCCACCAACGAAAAAAUUCAAACAUCCAUCAAAAGGAGACAAGCCUCCAACGGGCGGUAAGCCUCCCGUUAAACCACCUACACCGAGUAAAUCACCCAGUAAACCGACAGUUAGUAAACCACACGGUAAAUCACCAACGGCAAGUAAACCUCCCAGUAAACCGCCUACGGGAAGUACGCCGCCUAGUAAGCCACCAACAGCAAGUAAGCCCCCCAGCAAACCUCCCAGUAAGCAACCAACAGGUAGUACGCCUCCCAGUAAGCCGCCAACUGGAAGUAAGCCUCCCAGUAAACCACCAACAGGUAGUGAACCUCCCAGUAAACCGCCAACUGGAAGUAAGCCUCCCAGUAAACCACCAACAGGAAGUAAACCUCCGGUUAAACCCCCAACAGCAAGUAAACCUCCUGGCCCAUCGCCACCAGGAGCAAAGGCACCGACAGGAGGCCCAGACAAAAAGGGCGGAGCUGGCGGUAAGUCUGGACAGGAUAUGGGUGGUUCAAGAGUUAUAACCCUAAUGCCUGGCGACGGCAUUGGGCCGGAGAUCUCAAUGGCCGUGAUAAAGAUCCUCGAGGCCGCCAAAGCCCCUUUAAUAUUUGAACCCGUAGACGUUACGCCAGUGAUAAAUAGCAAAGGUCAGACGGGUGUGCCAGAACAGGUGAUCGAGAGCAUGAACCGAACAAAGGUGGGUCUCAAAGGACCCCUGAUGACCCCAGUGGGCACUGGUUUUCGAUCUUUGAAUCUCACUCUGCGUCAGCUCUUCAACCUAUAUGCCAACAUUCGACCUUGUCGAUCUCUUCCAGGAGUGGAAACAAUUUACGGGGACGUGGACAUUGUAACCAUUCGCGAGAACACCGAGGGUGAGUACUCGGGCAUAGAGCACACCCUGGUCAACGGAGUGGUGCAGAGCAUCAAGCUGAUCACCAGGAAUGCCUCGCUCCGGGUGGCCGAGUAUACCUUCCAGUACGCCCUGGCCAUGAAGAGGAAAAAGGUCACUGCCGUGGCCGAGUCCCAGGUCAUGCGGAUGUCCGACGGAUUGUUCCUGCGGUGCGUCCGGGAAAUGGCUGCCAAAUACAAGAGCAAACUGGACCAGGCGGGCAUUACCUACGAGGAGUCCACCAUGACCACCGUCUGCCUGAAUAUUGUUCAGGAUCCCAGGAGAUACGAUAUGCUAGUGCUGCCCAAUCUGUACGGGGAUAUCAUUUCGGACACAUGUGCCGGACUAAUUGGAGGAUUGGGUCUGACACCCUCGGGAAAUGUGGGCACCAAUGGUGCAAUUUUCGAAUCUGUGCAUGGAACUGCCCCGGACAUCGCUGGUAAGGAUUUGGCCAAUCCCACAGCGCUGCUGCUCUCCUCCGUGAUGAUGCUGCACUACGUUGGGUUGCACGAGCACGCUGACAACAUAGAACAGGCCGUGCUGAAGACCAUCAAGGAUGACAACAUCCGCACCAUGGACCUGGGCGGCAAGGCCAAGUGUUCGGAGUAUACUGAUGCUCUCAUUAAGAACCUCAAGUAAAAGGUUUCCAAAAAGGGUUAUCUAAAAGUAUUUUUUAGCCACCUGUCAUUAAUUAUUUUGUAAAAAUCAAUUAAAGUUCAGGCUGUCCUUGGAAUGUUGAAUUACAGAUCAAUAUACCAGAUGAUUUUAUCCGUCUGCAUUCUUUUUAGAAUUAUAAUCAUAUACCAGUUAUCAUGUCAUCUUUAAUAAAACAAUCGUUUUGUAAAGCCUUCCGAUAAGUGGAGACUUUAAGGAACCAUUUAA